CGCAGAACUUGUAGCUUCGUUUCACGGACUUCGGAUGUUCGUCAGCCUUGAUCUACAGAAGCUUUUAUUCUCCACAUAAUCAACUUCCACAGCCGAACGUCAGCGGACAGUGACACACGAUGGGCGACAUACCGGCUGUGAACGGCACCUGCAAUGGGCACCACGGCGACGAGCUGCUGCUCAAGGAAGCUCCCGUCGAGAACCUGCGGCCGCUCAAGGUGAUCGUCGUCGGGGCGGGCUUUUCGGGCAUCUUGAUGGCCAUCAGGAUACCCGAGAGGCUGAGGAACGUUGAGCUGGUCGUGUACGAGAAGAACGACGGUGUUGGUGGAGUCUGGUGGCUGAAUAGAUAUCCCGGAGUUGCCUGCGACAUCCCAUCUCACUCAUACCAAUACUCGUUUGCCCCGAAUCCGCACUGGAGCAACCUGUAUGCGCCCGGCAGCGAGAUCCAGAAGUAUCUCGAGGGCGUGGCCGAGAGGUUUGGCGCCAUGAGGUUCAUCAAGACGCGCCACCGGGUCGACCACGGCGAGUGGGAUGAUGCGGCAAAGAAAUGGAGGGUCAAGGUCACGAACCUUGCCACCGGGGAGACGUUCGAGGACGCAGCAAACGUCUUGAUCACGGCGCGGGGCCAGCUCAACAACGUGUCGUGGCCAAACAUCCCUGGCCUUGACACGUUCCAGGGAAAGGUUAUGCACUCGGGAGAGUGGGACACGAGCUAUGACUUCCGCAACAAGCGAAUCGGCGUCAUCGGCAACGGCUCCAGCGCCAUCCAGAUUAUUCCAAACCUGCAGAAGGUCGAGGGCGCCAAGCUCACCUGCUUCAUGCGCUCGCCGACCUGGAUCGCGUCACCCUUUGGAGAUCAAGGAAUGAUUGAACUGGGCUUGGAUCCCGCUGAGACAGCCUUCUCCGAUGAGCAACGCCAAAAGCUGGCCGCCAACCCGGACGAGCUCUUCAAGGUCCGCAAGGUUUUCGAGACGGGCGGCAACAUCAUCCACGACAGCACGAUCCGCGGCACGCCUAUGCAGAUAGCCUUCCAGGAGUCCUUCCGCGAGUCCAUGCAGGUCAAGCUCGCCACGCGGCCCGACCUGCUCGCCCUGCUGAUCCCGGCCUUCGCGCCGGGCUGCCGCCGCCUGACCCCGGGCAAGGGCUUCCUCGAGUCGCUGCUUGAGCCCAACGUGACGGUGGUCAGCUCGCCCAUCGCACAAAUCACGCCCACCGGCGUCGAGACCAAGACCACGGACGCCACCGCCCACCACCCCCUCGACGUCCUCGUCUGCGCGACAGGCUUCCACGUCUCGUCGCCGCCGCCCUUCCCGCUGCUAGGCCUGAACCGGCUACCGCUCUCCGCGCGCUGGCACAAGCGCGCCGAAUCGUACCUCUCGCUGGCGGUGGACGGGUUCCCGAACCUGCUGAUGCUGUUCGGGCCCAACAGCGCGAUCGGGUCGGGCAGCCUGACCAAGAUCCUGGAGGCGGAGGCGGACUACAUCCUGGCGGCGGUGCGCAAGCUGCAGAAGGAGGACUACGCGAGCAUGGCGCCGCGGCGCGCGCGCGUGCGCGACUUCAUGGCCUACGUCGACGGCUACUUCAAGCGCACCGUCUACACGGACCAGUGCCGCAGCUGGUACACGCGCGACGGCAAGGUGGUCGGCCUGUGGCCCGGGUCCACGCUGCACGCGCUCGAGACGCUGCGGAAUCCGCGCUGGGAGGACUGGGAGUACGAGAGCCUCGAGGGCGAGGGGGGCAAUGCACUGAGGUGGCUGGGUAAUGGGAAUAGCGAGCCGGGUGAUCCGUCGUGGUAUAUCAAUCCAGAUGAGGUCGAGGUGCCGGUGGAGGGGCGGCCGGAGGACAAUAAGCGGUACCGGGCAAGGCCGUGGUCGUAUUGAGGGUGGAGAGGUGAAAUGAAUUUUUGGACUCGCUGGCGCUGUGUGGCUAUUAUCAUGCAGUAGUUUGAGGG